AUGAACUCGAAUCGACAGUUGGCUCCAGCCCCUCCGUGCUCACACCUUUUUGACACCGUGGACGAGGGUAAGAAGCAAAGGAAGAACGUCACGUCUGCUUGCCACGCGUGCAAAAUACGCAAGUCGAAGUGUAGUGGAGUGCCUCCAUGCAACACAUGCAUCAGGAGCAACACCGAAUGCGUGAUCGAUUCCCAAGGAGACCAGCGCCGGAAACUCAACGUGAAAAGGAAGAUCGAUGACCUGGAGGACGACCGGCAGCUCUUUGAACAGCUAGUAGAAACACUGAGGGCGGGUGGACAGGUGGCGAAUGUGGAGAUGGCUGAGAACCUACAAUCCACCGCUAAUUUCGAGGAGGCGAAGUUUAUUUUGAGACAGCAGAUGGGAGGACCGACGAGGACGCAAGUUUCGGACGUUAUCGAGGGCGAACAAAAGAAGACUGGAUCGAUGGGACGGCAUCAUGAGACACAAAAAAUGACUUCGCGGCAGCGAACGAGCAUGCUACCCGUCUGGAGAUUGACGGAUAUACCUGUAGUAAGCGUGCCUGCAUCACCUUGGACAAAUGUGACGGACGAUGAUAGCUUUGUGUCUCAUCUUCUUUCCCUGUGGAUUACGUGGCACUUGCCGUGGUACAACCAUGUUGACCAAGAAGUCCUUACCAAAGCCAUGCAGACGAGAGAUUUGGAGUCAGCCCUAUGCUCACCUUUUCUCGUCAAUGCAAUUCUUGCCGAUGCUUGCUUCCUCUCAGAUUACCCCGAAGCCUGGACCGAUGAUAACGAUCCCACAACUCGAGGAAAACACUUUUGGAUGGAAGCGAAGCGACUGUUGGACGAAGAAGAGGGCCGAGUGUCUAUUCCAACGACCCAGGGACUGGGGGUUAUGUUUUCAUGUGCAGCUGUGAUGGGAAAGGAUCGAAUCGGAUGGUUUUAUGCCUUACAAGCCAUCGAAGGAAUGCGAACCCUUCGAAGAACCGAGUCACGUCGUGUUAUCGAAACAGGCUUAUUGGCCAAGGAUUUAAAGCAGCUGCUGGACAGAAUCGAGAUGGGGCAGUUUAACACUUUUGUAUCUGCGGCGAUGGCUUUUCAAGUUCCACCUUCUCUCAAGAACCUAGACAGGAGUGUGCGCAUAUCCGUGCAUCAAAACGGCCACCAGGAACAGUUUCUACCUUAUCCCCACACGGGCCCACCGAUUCCGGCGCAUAAUGAUUGUGUUUUAAAUGAACUAGCCAAUAUGGGGGAAAUCGUUUGGGAUAUUUCAGCUUCUUUGUUCCGAGAGGAUAGAAACCACGUUCAUUCCGAACUGAUCACUGCUGUCCAGGGCUGGCAUACACGCCUUUUGGGAUGGUGGAGUGCUCGUUCUAGAUGUAUCGACUAUACUCUCAACCCAGUUCCUGGUGUCUUGACAUUACACAUGUACUACCACACAAUUGUCAUUACAAUGUAUGUGUUCCUGAAGACAGCACCGCCAAACGCCGAUAUGCAUACCUUGCAAUCAGCAGACGAAGCGCGCCAGAUUUGUUUGUCUUCUGCCCAUGCAAUAAGCCAGCUUAUUGAAACACAGCAACAAAACUGGGGGGCCGAUCCAGGUCCAGCUGCCAACGCACACUGGGUGACGAUUGCUUUGUGCGUCUUGAUGGAAGAUUUGAAAAACGCAGAAAGUCAUGUGGCAUUUAUGAAACUGUGCAAGGCCCAUAUCCACUCUGCCAAGCGAUGGCCACUGCCAAGAGGCAUGGUGCGGAUGAUUCAGUUGACUGCUCAACGAAUGGAUGGUCCGCUGCCAGACGACGUUGCUGCGCAUUUCCGACACUUUGAAAAGCAAUACUGGGAGUCAGAACAGGCGCGAAUGUUCAGCAGUCGCUACCCUAAUUUUGCGGUUGCCAUUCGAAGUAGAGAUGCUGGCGUCCCGGAAGAUCUCGAGCUAGAUGUGUUUUUGCAGAAAUGUGUGAAUUUGGAUGAAGGACUGAUGAAUAGUAGUAUUAUAUAA